CGCCGCACGUUCACACACACAGCUCCCAUCAAGCUCACUCACUCCACUCUCCAGCUUCCGAGCUCCCUCCAGCGCGGUCGCUCCGAGAUGGAAGCGCUGUGGUCGAUGUCUCCUUGCGGCGGCUUGCCGUCGUCAGCGGCGGAGCUUCGGCGGGGGCCGUGGACGGCGGAGGAGGACGCGCUGCUGGCGGGCUACGUGGCGGCGCACGGGGAGGGCCGGUGGAACGAGCUGGCGCUCGAGGCGGGGCUGCGGCGGACGGGCAAGAGCUGCCGCCUCCGGUGGCUCAACUACCUCCGCCCCGGCGUGCGCCGCGGCGGGUUCACCCCGCGGGAGCAGCUGCUCAUCCUCGACCUCCACUCCCGCUGGGGCAACCGCUGGUCCAAGAUCGCCGCGAACCUCCCGGGGCGCACGGAUAACGAGGUCAAGAACUACUGGCGGACCCGGGUGCAGAAGCACGCCAAGCAGCUGGGGUGCGACGUCGGCAGCGCCCGCUUCCACGACGCCAUGAGGAACCUCUGGAUGCCGCGGCUACUCGAGAGGAUCCACGCCGACGAGUUGGCCGCCUCUGCCGAUGUUCCUCACUGCUACUACUCCGCGCCUUCCUCCUCUCAGCCGGCGUGCCAAAACGCCGUUGCACCCAUCAGCAGCAGCUGCGCGCGCGCGCCGUCACCGGACGCCACGUCGUGUGUGACCGGCGGAUCAUCGUCGUCAUGGGAGGCGGCGCAGUUCCAGGCGAGCAGUCCUACCAUGGCGGCUUGGUCCACCCCCGAGCAAUGCCAAAACGGCUGCUCGAGCACCACGAGCGGUGACAACAACAUGUUCGACGAGAGCUGGUCGGAGCUUCUUGCUCGCGCCAACCACGACGACGCGGAUUCCGCCGGCCUGCUGCCGGACUUUGGAUUGGGAGAAACUGGAGACAACUGGUGGAGUUUGGACGAUAUCUUGCAGCAACCGCUAUACUGAUCGAUAGACUGAUGUACUAUACGUACGUAUGCUCUGCUACUAAUGACCGAACUGUUUUGUAGUGUUAUCUGAUUGACCAAUUGAUUAAUCAGCAGAGUUAACAAAUAAAAAUCAUUUAAUUCAAUGAUUUGGUAUGAGCAGUUUUUUCUUA